UUAAAUUAUCUUUUUUAACUCUACCAAAGUUUAUUGUCACCAGCAUUAUUUUUUAACUACUAAAUAUGAGUCAUUGCGAUUUUCCCGGGUUCGGAUUGAAUAAUUGACGUGUUCGUUAGCGCAUGCGUCGUUAAAACAGCGAGAAGUGAGCGACAAAAGUUGGCGAACAUCGGGUUGAGUUAGCACUAGCGAAGCAUUCAACGUCGGGCUGCUGAAGUCUGUGUACAGUGACCGGUAUAUCAGUGCUUCUAGUGAUCGCUUGAAGUCAAGGUACCCUGAAACUCGAAGUUAUCUUAGACGUUAACGUGUGGUGAACUCAAGGGCGAAAGCUUCGGAUAAGGCCGAUAAAGAACCUACUGCCAGCCAAGACAUGCCUUCCACCAACUCCGAGGAAACAGCUCUAUUGAGCGUGCUGCCGAUCGAGUCCAUGGACGACAUCGAACUGAAGAGCAUCCAGCUUCAGUUCCCGAGCUCGUUGCGGGUGGGCGGCGCGGACAAUGCGUGCCAGGAGAACUACGUGCACACCGACCGCGGGGACCUCAUGGUGGCGCUGCAGGGCGACCGUACCAAGCCCGCCAUCCUUACCUACCACGACAUCGGCCUCAACUAUACGAGUUUCCAGCCCUUCUUCAACUACGUGGACAUGCGAGCUUUGUUGGAGAACUUCUGCGUGUACCACGUCACCGCCCCGGGCCAGGAGGAAGGUGCCGCCACGCUGCCCGAAGACUACGUUUAUCCCACCAUGGACGAGUUGGCCAACCAGAUCAGCUUUGUGCUGGUGCACUUCGGCAUCAAGAGUUUCAUCGGUUUCGGCGUAGGCGCCGGAGCCAAUAUUCUGGCUCGGUUCGCUCUCACCAACCCGGAAAAGGUGGACGCACUGAUGCUGGUGAACUGCUCGUCGACGCAGGCCGGCUGGAUCGAGUGGGCCUCGCACAAGCUCAACACGCGCGCCCUUCGCUCGCGCGGCAUGACUCCCGCAGUGGUCGACUACCUCGUGUGGCACCACCUCGGCCGGGGCUCGGAGGAGCGCAGCCCGGACGCCACGGCCACGUACCGCACGUACUUCCGCCGCUACUGCAACCCUGGUAACCUGGCGCUGUUCGUGGAGAGCUACGCGCGCCGCAGCGACCUCGGCAUCUCGCGCGACGCGGCCUCGCUGCGCCCGCCCGUCGUCAACCUGGCCGGCGCCAUGUCCCCCGCGCUGGACGACACCGUGGCGCUCAACGCUCGCCUCAACCCCUCCACCUCCACCUGGAUGAAGAUAUCUGAUUCUGCGAUGCCGCUGGAAGAGCAGCCGGCCAAGGUGUCGGAGGCAUUCCGCCUCUUCCUGCAAGGGGAGGGAUAUGUGGCGCCACUGUCGCCGACGAAGAUCGUCGCGUUCCGGCGGCUUUCGGACGCUGGCCGCCGCCGCGCGUGCCGCCACUCCCCCGUCAUACGCAUCACCGAGAACCCCAUCUCGGAGGCCUGCUCCGCCGCCUGCUAAACACCCAGCACCCCACACCCGGAACACCCGACACCCAAUCCCCUAAUACACAGCUUAGUUAUCAUACAGUUCAGAAUUGGUUUUCACUGAAGCAUCGAUGAGUGGGUGGAGCAUACACAUACUGGAGUACAACAAUCAUCUG